AUGACAUCCAACGACUUUAUCCUCGCACAACAGCGCCUUGCCGCUCGUCAUCAAGCCCGCGAAGUAGCAGCCCAAACCCACCUCAAUCGUCGACGCAAUACCGCUAUCUCCCAACGCGUUUCCUCCCUCCCUUUCCCCUUCUCUCGACUAGGGACUGCGGGUCUCACAACAUGGGAUGUAAUAUCUGGACGCGAAGGGACCCGUCCCUCGUUUCGAGUCGGUCAGGUCGAUGCUGAGUUAUUGGACGAGGAGUUGUUGCAGCUGUUGAAAGGGCAAGUAGGGGAAGGCUUCAAGUAUUUCGGAAAUCAUAUCCAAGAUGAUUGGUCUGCGGAAAUAAUGCUGGCUCUGCGCGCUAUUCUUUUUAAACUCAGUAUAUGGGAUCAUGAUGCUACGUACGGGGCUACGUUGCAGAAUCUAAAGUUUACCGAUGCGCGACAAUCCGGGCACGUCCUUGUAUCUCCAUCGAAAUGGCAGAAGAGUUUAUAUGGACUCUUCACUGUAGGCGGCAAAUACGCCUGGACACGCUGGGAAAACUACUUGGUUGAUUCCGACGACGGGUACAGCACCCCCUCGCCCCUUAUCAGUCGACUCUCGCGAAUUACAGACCUCUUCACAAACGUUCAUUCCACCGCCGCCUUCGCAUCCUUCCUCAUAUUCCUCGUAAACGGCAGAUAUCGCACCCUACUCGAUCGAAUCUUACGAUUACGACUCGCGCCCCCAACCAGCCAGGUCAGCCGGGAAGUAUCAUUUGAGUACCUGAAUCGCCAACUCGUCUGGCAUGCCUUUACCGAAUUCCUCCUAUUCGUUCUCCCUCUCGUAGGUAUCUCUCGCUGGCGACGCUUACUAUCACGCAUUUGGAGACGCACGAAAUCUCUCGUCAACACAUCAUCUCCCGACGAGCUCUCCAACAACACCAAAAAAGGCGAACUUUCCUUCCUCCCCGAACGUACAUGUGCCAUCUGCUACCAUGAUCAAAACGCGCUCCAAGCAACCGAAGAAGGAGCCAUGGCCGCAGCGGCCAGCACCGGCGUAAUCGGCAGCGCGCAAACCGACAUCACAAAUCCAUACGAAACAGCAGAAUGCGGAUGCAUAUAUUGUUUUGUAUGUAUCGCAAGUAAACUCGAAGCCGAAGACGGCGAAGGCUGGACCUGUCUAAGAUGCGGCGACGAAGUCCGAUCCUGCAAAGCUUGGAGCGGAGAUGUAAUCAUCAAAGCCUCAACCGGUAUCGUAGAAAAUAAAGACGAAACCCCCAAGGGAAGAAAAAGCGUAGAAUUCCAAGACGACAGACAGAUGAAAAUUAUGGAUCCGUCGCCUCAUCCAGAACCUACAAUUUCAAAUACAAAUACAAAUACAGAACACGAACACGAACAUCAUAAUCAUAGAAGAAGAGAUGAAAAUGACGGUGAUGGUGAUGGUGAUGGUAUUUCAUCAGAUCAUGAGUCUCUGCUAGGACAAGAGGAAGCCUAUGAUGAAGAAGAAGAUCAGGGGUUAGAGGAUUAUGAAGAUGAAGCCGAGUGA